AUGGGUACUGUUUUAACGCAUGUAAUGCAUAGUUGUUGUUUACAGCAAGAUAUUCAAAAACGUAUGUUGCAUAAGUACAAGAUUGCAGCACAUAGAUAUAUUCAGUGGUAUGUAGAUAUUGUUGAACAAAAUAUGAUUGCAGUAAACGAUACUGUAAGCUAUAAUGGAUACGUUGCUUGUCGCAAUACAAGACAAGGAAGGGUAUCUGUUACUGAUAACAGAGGUUACACUUGUAAUAGAAAUCACGUAAUGUUAAAUGGUUGUUGUGAGACUGGUAAUGCAGUACGAUUUAGCUGUGCUUCAUGUGAGCUUUCUUCUGGCUGUUGUUCUUAUUAUGAACAUUGUGUUUCAUGUUGUUUAAAACCAGAACAGAAAAAUGGAUUAUUACCAAUGAUACAAUCAACUUCAGGACAUCGAUUGCGGGAAUUAUUAGCGAAAAGCCAAUUUGAAAUUUGUAUUUAA